GGCGGGGCACAAACGCCUUUCCUUGAAUGGUCAAGUGCCGAUGAAUCAUUCUGAGCCGACCUCGAACUACUCGGCGAAGCAAUUCGUGAACGAAUGGCUGCACGGCAAUUCGGCGUCCGUACCAGCCUAUCCUCAAAUUAUGAUUCAUCCCUAAUGGCUGUGCCUGAAACCUUCAUGUUAAGACACACUGCUUUGAAACAGGUUCACGUGUAUAUCAAGGCCAAGGGCGCAUACUUCGUAGACCACAAACGAGCUCAUCCACUAUCGCUGCAAACGAUUCACUUGAUAUUGGACUUUUCUGAAUUUCCUCAAAGCUAGUACUCAGACAAUGCCAGAUACAACAGGAAACGAAUUAAGUAUUGAUGUCGACAAUGGAUCUAAGCAUUCUUUACCACGGGCCCCGUCGACCGCUUACUUGUGCAACUCGUGCCAGACCUCGUUUCGUGAUGGGCAAGAGCAACGCGCGCAUAUGAAAGAACCAUGGCACUUGUACAACAUCAAGCGGCGCAUCGCAUCGUUGCCGCCCAUUUCGUUCGACGAGUUUGACCAGAACAAUGAAAAGAAUACUGAUAGCAGCAAAGGAUCGAUUAGAAAAUCAUCAAGCAGAAAGGCGUCAGCUAGAAUCGCACCGGAAAGCAGCGCAAGUAGCAAUGAGGAAAAAGAGAUUUCCGAGAGAGAUGGCUCCGACGAAAUGAGCUCACCAAGCGAGGAUGAGCAAAGCACGUCACCUUUCCAGUGCCUAUUCUGUAACCUGAGCUUUUCAGGCGAUGAAGUCGGCUUUGGAGAGAACCUCGAGCACAUGUGUUUAUCCCACGGCUUAACCAUUCCAGAUCCAGAUUGUGUAGUAGACAUCCAGAGCCUCGUUGAAUACUUGGCCAUUGAAGUGCGCGUGUGGCACGAAUGUCUCUAUUGCGGUGCUAUGAAGUCGUCGACCCAGAGCAUACAGAGUCACAUGAGAGACAAGGGUCACUGUCUCUUGAACUUGGACCGGGAGCCGGAGCUUCUUGAUUUCUGGGAAUAUGGAGACGACAGUGAUGGCAGUGGUUUGGGCGUCGAACAAGAAGGCACGACACAACUGUCGGCGACCGAGAUACGCUUUGCCUCUGGUAAGGUCAUCGGCUCGAGACACGCCGCCACGACGAGGAGGGCGCCUAAGAAAGGUGCUCUGGUGACUUCCGCUUUGUCCCAAGCUCCCGAAGACGCGGCAUCAUCGUCGCUUGACGUUGGACCACGUCUCAAGCCACCGCAAUUGACGCCAGAGUCGCAACACUCGCCAGGCCGGCAGCUGGUCCGUCGCGACGCAAUGGGUAUCAUAGGCAUUUCGGACCAACAGAAGCACGCGCUUGUUCUUGCCGAGAAAAAGGCACAAAGGAGCGAGGCCGUCGCACGCAGGGCGAGGGAAUGGGCCUACGCGAAGGCUGCGAACUCGCAGAAGUUCGACCAGCUUGACAAUCAGCACAAGUGGGGCAAACAGCAACAUAAACUGCUGCCCCGGUAGUUGCUGAACGGCGCUGCUCUAACUCAAAGUUCGCAUAGUUUUGCGCUGUAAAAUGUACUGCCAUGCGGUACGGCUGCCGUCGAAUCUCGGUGUGUGAUAUUUUUAAAAGAAAA